AUGAACACCUUGGUCACUAUUGCUCUUCUAUUUCUGAUCUACCGAUUUGGACAGGUUUGGAUUCUUUUUUAGAGUAUCUUUUGUCUCUUUGAUCACAUUAUCUGCAAGGUUCAAAAUGUUCGUUCUAGUUAACUUCAAACUCAAGUCAUUGAUUAGACCUUUUUGGAUUUUUCAUCCAUCGUGUUUCUCUCUUUUUGUUCAAUAAUUAGAUUAGCAUUUUUUUCAAAUUUCAAAAACGAAAACUUCGAGAGAGGUAGAUGGAAAAAUUAGUACAUUAAAAAAAGUUAGAAAUCGUAAAAAUCUAAAAAAAUUAAAAUCUGCAAACAGAAAUGAGUUAACACAUCAACACUAGAAUACUUUCAUGAAAACAACCAAAAAAGACACAACUUCCAAGUUUUUAUUCAAAACAGCAAUGCUCGAAAAUUUUUUUAACCUAGUCUCUUUUCUUUUUUCUCUUCACGCUUUCAUUAUAACUGAAAAAAAAGCUGGAAUAAUGAUUUCUUUAAUUUCUCAGAGUGCAAUAUACAACGAGGGAAGCGGCGUCGACCCAUUUGAAGAUCCUUUUGAGAACAAUCAAAUAUGGGAAGAUAACGACGAGAAAGUUCUGCAGGCACUGAACUCAACAGACGGGGGUUUUCCAACUAUAUUUGAUAAAUACGAUUUGAAAUUAUCCCAGAACUACUUACGGAUGACAUUUGCAACGGGACGACUCUGGCCGCGUUCCAACGGGAUCUCAUCCUGAAAACUCACAACGAUUUGCGGCGACUGUUGGCCAACGGGCGACAGAGAAACAAACGAGGACUGAUGCGUAGCGGGAAAAAUAUUUAUAAAUUGGUACGUUAGAAAUUUUUUUCUAUAUAAUAUGAAAGUUUUUCCGAAUCAGGCUUGAAAAAGAAGCCUGAAAAAGCUUCUUUGACUUUAAAAAAAGUUUCGAUUCACUUUUUAUAUUUAAUAUAAACCUUUUUGAAAAAAAGGUUAUGGUAACUAGAAUUCCAGAAAUUUGUUAAAUUUGAUUUUUUUGCUGUCAUUAAAAAAAGAUAAUCUCGAUUAAUCCGCCUGAAUACAUUCUCCUUUUUUGACUUUCGAAGCCGUGUUUAGUUACAUUAGAUCAGUUGUCACUUCAUCCGGCUAUUUUAAGUGAACAUCUCUUUCUGGGGUAUUUUUUGAGGUUUUCUUUCUUCAUAAUUUCUUGAAUUUUCAAAAUUUUUUCCACCUUCCAUAUGAUUAUCAAAGUUCACGGUCAAACUCCUUUAAGAAAACAAUUUUUGGGCUUUCUUUUGUUUAUUAGUAUUAUUAAUCAGUUUUAGCACCCUAAAGGUUUAAAAGAUUGAGACAUUUACCUCUUAUUCAUGCUUGAAAUGGAUUUAUACUAUUCAGUUAUUAUCUAAUCUUCAGCAAUGGGACUGCGAACUUGAAGACCUUGCCGCUUCGUGGACAGCCGACUGUCCAAGAACCUUCAUGCCCGACUCUCUUUUGGGAUCUCAUUCUCAAAUCUACAAAAUGUUCCUCCUUCUUGUAUCUAUCAUGACUCAUGGGAAAUAUUUUCCAGGUUUUAUUUCUAUUUUGACGGCGAGGACAUGAAUAAGCACAUCAAGACUUCACUGAAGUCGUGGUGGUCUCAAGGUCAAGAGAGGGGAAACAACGACACUAAAAACAGAUAUUCUUACAAGAACAAUUACUACAGCUGGGCUAACGUAAGAAUCCACUUAUUUUUUGUGAUGCAGAUAGUUUUUCAGAUGGCGAAAGGAAAAACCUAUAGAAUAGGAUGUUCUUAUGUCACUUGUCCUGACAACCAAUCAGCUGUUUUCACGUGUCUCUACAAUGAAAAGUUCGAUUAUUGUCAUCGAUUUUUGACUUUCAAUAUUUCAGAGCUCAGUGUGAAGAAGAAAUGAUUUAUGAACCGGGAAAGCCUUGCAAGAAAGAUGAAGACUGUUCAACGUAUCCUGGAUCAACGUGUGACACUUCUGAAGGGCUUUGUGAAGCGCCGAUAAUUUUAAGAGGUUUUUUUUGAAUACAUUUCAUCGGAAUUAAAUUUUCACUUGGCUUAUAGGAAAUAUGGAAAAAAGUUUUUGAGUUCUUUGAGAAAUACCAAAAAGUCUAUUCAAUAAACGUGAUUCGAUUUCUUCGCUUUCUGGAACAAAAAUCUUAAAAACUUUCCUGGGGGUUCUGAUUUUUUGAAUUUUGGAUUAUAAUCAAGCUUGCUGAAAUCAAAAAGGUGAGCGAAAACAGAUGAAAAGAACCGACUUUAUUUCACUUCUUACGUUAUAGAAUUAAUCCCUUUAUCUCACCAAAAAUAGGUUUUUGGUGGCCGGUUGUGAGAUUGAUCGAGUUUUGGAGGGAAACAUUAGGUUUGUUGUUCAGAUAUUCAAAAAAAUUUUGAAACGUCUCAUUAUCUUUUUUGUGAAGUAUACCUGAAAGUACAUGCUUGCAAGUUCUCAUCAAUUUCUCAAAAGCCACAAAAAACGUCAUGCCUUUCCGUUCUUUUUUCAAUGGUUAAACGUGAACUUCUUACAGACAACGGAGCAAGCAAUAUGUGUAGUAAUGACAAUAUGUCGGACGCGUCGAGGAUUUGGACUUUGAAUCAACAUAACUUUUACAGGUCGGUUUGAGACGAUGCUGGAAAAAAAGAAAAAAAAUAAUCUUUCUGCAGCUUUUGAAGAUCUCAGAUUUAAAAAAAAAAGCUGAUCUUUGUGAUCUCAAAAACAACUUUAUCAACAAACAACCGUCACGAUAUCCAGAAAGAAAUCUGAAAAAAGCCAAGAUUAUUUCAUGAGCUUUUUGUUUUUCGCUGAUUUCCGAGCGUCAUGUGUUCACGUACUCAACGCAAUAAAACACGUUAAAUUUCACAAUCAUAAGUAUGCAGCAUUGCUGCUCAAUAUAAUUAUUGCUCUCGAGUUCGAUAUUUUUAAUAUGAUGAGAAGUAAUAAAGAACUUAAACGACUCUCACUACUUCACAGAUCUCGCAUAGCUCGCGGUCUCGAAUGGAAUGGUGAAACCAACACUAGCCAACCAAAAGCUGCUCGGAUGCUGAAAAUGGUGAGAAAGCUCCCGUUUCUUUGGAAUCUCGUACAUUAUGCAGGAAUACGACUGCAAACUCGAAGCGUACGCCCAGGAAUGGGCAAACAAUUGCGUUUUCGCCCACUCAAACAACUACGAGAGGCCUAACCAAGGACAAAACCUCUACAUGACAUCCUUUUCAAAUCCGGACCCUAGAGGCUUGUUUCACACGGUUCGUGCAGAAAAAAGUAUACUGAGUGUUUUUUGUUAGGAAAUGAAGGUUGAAGAAAUAAGAACCAGUCUUCUUUCAGGCUAUCGAGAAAUGGUGGCAAGAGUUGGAAGAAUUCGGAACACCAGAAGACAACAUGCUCACAGCUGAUUUGUGGGCCAAGAAAGGAAAAGAUAUCGGUCAUUACACGCAGGUACGAUUUUUCAUAUUUUCAAAUCAGUGCGCGGCUGUCAAAGGAUUUACCCAGAGGUGGUAUUUUUCGAAUUCGACAUACAAGCGACCUUAUUGGGUUGCCAACUCUCCCCAAAAUUCUUUGAUCAAAAAAGUUAAGGGUAUCGAAAAUGAACUUUAUAGAACUGUUCAACAAAAAAAUCAAACCAUUUUUUUACCAAAUAAAAAUCCAGACGCAGUUCCAUGACUUCAAAAAAAAAAGUAAUAAAUAAUGUUCAGAUGGCCUGGGAACGAUCUUUCCGACUUGGCUGUGCUAUGACAGUUUGCCCUCACAUGGCUUUUGUUGUGUGUCACUACAGUCCUGCGUGAGUAUUUAAAUAAAAAAAGAAGCUGGAAAAAAAGUAUGGAAAAAGUAUAAAAAAAUCGAUAAUAAAACGUUGUUGAAAUAUCGCGAGAUAAAACUUUGAUUAAGAACCUCACAUUAUCUUCGUAUAUGAUGUUUUUUUAAUAAUUUUUUUGAAAUCAUUCUCUUUUUAUUUUUUUAUCCUCAUGAAUUAGUUUUUGAAAAAGAUCGAUUUAUCGAAAUUAUUAGAAAUAUAAAUAAACUAUCCAUAAAAAAAUCAGAAUCAAAAACCAACUGAUUUUUCCUAUGUCUAAUAAAUGGAUUUAAGUGGGAACCGGAAAAAAAUCAUCAAAUCUACGAGAUCGGCGAGCCCUGCAAAUCUGAUGACGACUGUCCUGUCGGAACCAUCUGCGAAAGAUUAUCAUCCCUUUGCGCCAUUCAAAAAUAAUCAAAAACCGUCUCUUUCCCGAAUCCCUACUGGUAUCAUUGUCUUUGUACUUUGGAAAAAAACCCGCAAUCGCUUUAAUUGUGAAAUUUGUUACUUAUGAACCGAUGUUUGUAGAUGA